AUGAAUCAUAGUAUUUAAGUUCUUAUCAAAUACUUUGAAUGCACUUAUAAAUAAAAGCUUGAUAUACUUUAUGAAAAAAUCCACCCUUGUAAAAAGAUUGUAGAAUUCUCUUAAGCCAUAAUUAAAAAGUAUGAAAUAGAAAAAGAACUCCUUAAUGAAUACAUAGAUAAUUACAUUUAGAAAAUUAUUAAAUAUACUCAAGAAAAUCUAGAUAAAUUUUUAAGUUAAAUCUUAUAAUUUGUUAAUAAUAAACUUUGGAUUUGGAUGAAAAUUUUGAAAAACAAUUAAUUUUCCGUUAAAAGCCCCCAAUCUUUAGAAACCCAUUAUAACUAAUUAAUUGUUUUGACUCUCAGAAGUCAAGCCCAUAAAUUUAAUUUACGGAUGAUUUCAAGACUGCCCAGGCACUUGAUUAAAAGUGUUUCCUUUAUUAUUCAGGAAAGGAAAAAUAAGCAAGUUCGUCAUGGAUGUAAGAAUGAAUACCCUAAAUAUUGA